AUGGAGCGGCUCCGCUACGGGAAGGCACGGCGGAAGAAGCGGCACUUGUCCCCGCUGCCGGGGGCGGCCUUGCUGCCGGGCGGAGCCGUCGGCCUGGCCGAUGCCUCCCAGCGGUGCCGGCGGCGCCUCUUCGACAGCGGGAGCCCCCGCGGGCCGAAGCCCGGCUACCUGAAGAGAAAGUCCCGUGUGAAAACCCUCCCCAAAAUUACAGAAAACCUUGAAGUCGCCCAAGUGAGAGAUUUGUGCAACCUAAGCAAUCAAGUGAAUGUCAAAGAAAAAACAGACCUGGAUACAAGAGAAGAGGCAGCUGAAGAAAGCACUGUACCGCUGAAGGAGUCCCUGACAAUCAACAAUGAAAGUAAAGACAGUUUGAAAAAUGAUGACGUGACUUCAAGUACAGGAAUGACUCUUCCCACAGGCGUUACAACCUGUUUCCUAGAGUGUUUAGAUGUAGAUUCAACUGUAGAUUAUAACGCAGGUGCUAGUGACAACCUGAACAGUUGCCCGUCCCCUGAAAUAUUCAGAGACGAUGAUUCAGAAAGAAGUCAUUUUCACACUGAGGACUUCAGCAAGUACAAGAACUCCACUCUCCUGGACUGCAGCAAAGCAGUGGCCAUAGAUAAGAUGCCACAGAUCACACAUCUGUCAGCAAUAUUAGAACCUGUACUGGAGGAUUUUCAAGGCCAGGGCACUAGAAGAAAGAGACCACCAAAUUUCCAAUAUAGCUCUUCAGCACUGAGUGUUUCAACUACUCUGGCAGGGAAAAAAGUCUGUAGAAUUACAGCUGCAAGAGAGAGAACUCCGGUCCUAAAAACUGGUAUGCACCAUCCUCCACCGUUAGGACCAGAAAGAAAGCCUGACACUCAAACUGCUAAACCCAAAAGGCUGAAGUGUAAGAAACAAGAGAAAACUACAGUCGAAGAAGCUGCAUCAUUGUUCACUCAGGUUGAUGUGCCAGCAAACACGUCAGCCAGAUCAGCGGGGCUGACUGCAGAAGAGCUGCCAGCCAAACAGGCAGAUGCUGUGGUGCAAAGGAGUUCCAGGAGAUUGCUGAACAAAGAGGAAAAUAAAGCCUUAAGGAAUCAUGGUCGUGCUCAGCCUGCAGAGCUAGAUCCUCCGUGUGCCAGACAAGAAAUCUGCUCCAUUGUUAGAACUUCACCAUGCCAGAGGCCUCCCAGGCUUUUCCAAAUCCCAGUUAGCUCAAAACCAUUUUCCCUUCCCGAAGGAGUGCCUGAAGAUGUUAUUACGAGUACCAAAAACUGGAUCUACUGUAAACGCAGAUGAGGCUUCUGGGUUUCAGCAGGAUUCAAUAGAAGAAAACACUGUCUGCUGCUGUGGAAAGAGGUGAAACAGAACUACAAAUCAGUAAUUAAUGGCCCUAUUUUCUUGGCCAUAUACAUUGUUUGAAUUUAGUAGAAUGCUUUGCAGUAAGCUUGUAAAUACCUGACUCAGUCACUUCACAUUAAAUUAUUUUGUACAAGCAACUA